GUAUGUAUGAUUUGAAAGUGAAAGUGUUGUGAACAUGGUGGGUCAUCGGGUUAAUAAUGGGUGGCAGUAACAGGUCUGCUGAGGCGCAGAAGCUUGCCAAUGGGAUCAACAUCAAUGUGGCCACGCCAGGCCGUCUCCUGGACCACAUGCGGAAUACCCCCGGGUUCAUGUAUAAAAACCUCCAGUGUCUGGUUAUUGAUGAGGCUGAUCGUAUCUUGGAUGUUGGGUUUGAAGAGGAAUUAAAGCAAAUCAUCAAACUUCUGCCAACACGCAGACAGACCAUGCUCUUCUCUGCCACACAAACUCGAAAAGUUGAAGACCUGGCAAGGAUUUCUCUGAAAAAGGAGCCUUUGUAUGUUGGUGUUGAUGAUGAUAAAGCUAAUGCAACUGUAGACGGUCUUGAGCAGGGAUAUGUUGUCUGUCCUUCUGAAAAGAGAGUCCUCCUGCUCUUUACAUUCCUUAAGAAGAACCGGAAGAAGAAACUAAUGGUCUUCUUUUCAUCCUGUAAGUCCGUGAAAUACCACUAUGAGUUGCUGAACUACAUCGAUUUGCCUGUCCUGGCCAUUCAUGGAAGGCAGAAACAAAACAAGCGUACGACCACGUUCUUCCAGUUCUGCAAUGCAGAUUCAGGGAUCUUGUUGUGUACAGACGUGGCAGCUAGAGGGCUGGAUAUUCCUGAAAUGGACUGGAUUGUUCAGUAUGACCCUCUGGAUGACCCCAGGGAAUACAUUCACCGUGUGGGCAGAACAGCCAGAGGCCUGAAUGGAAGAGGGCACGCCUUGCUCAUUUUGCGCCCUGAAGAAUUAGGUUUCCUUCGCUACCUGAAGCAAUCCAAGGUUCCAUUAAGUGAAUUUGAGUUUUCCUGGUCCAAAAUUUCUGACAUUCAGUCUCAGCUUGAAAAACUGAUUGAAAAGAACUACUUCCUUCAUAAGUCAGCCCAGGAAGCAUAUAAGUCAUACAUUCGAGCCUAUGAUUCUCACUCCCUGAAACAGAUCUUCAAUGUUAAUAACUUAAAUUUGCCUCAGGUUGCUCUGUCAUUUGGCUUCAAGGUGCCUCCUUUUGUUGAUUUGAAUGUGAACAGCAAUGACGGCAGAGUUAGAAAGUGAGGCGGUGGCGGUGGAUUUGGCUACCAGAAAGCCAAGAAAGUCGAGAAGUCCAAGAUCUUCAAACACAUAAGCAGGAAGCCAUCUGACGGCAGGCAGUUCUCUCACUGAAGACACACCUUUGUCCUGAAAUGGAUUUUCUUUUUCUCACUGUAAGAAAGGAAUUUGUGUUAAUUUAAGAUUUGGACUCAUCUAACGAGUAUGAAUUGACUGGGGUCGCCAGCACUGAGGUUUCCAGUGAGUCUCCUUUUUGGAGAUAUAAAACAGGUCGUGAUGUCUUGAUUGCCCAAGAGCAAAGCAAGGCAUCUUUCUAGUUUUUGUGAUGAUAGGCUAUUUCUAAGUGUAAAUCUUUUUUUUUCCCCCAAACUUGUUACUGUUUUAAUGUAAUUCUUUUGG